CAGUGCUGCACUUCGCUCGCUGCACGAACGCGGCAUAGCAAUGCAGGAAGUCGACGAAGAAGGCCGCACUCCCGCUCACGCCGCCGCAUCAAGCGGACACGUCGACUGCUUGCAGACGUUGCACGCGCUUGGAGCGGCGGCGAGUCUGUCAGCGGCGGAUGAGAAUGGGACCACUCCCGCUCACGAAGCCGCAUCAGAAGGCCACGCCGAUUGCCUGCGGGCGUUGCACGAGCUUGGGGCGGCGGCGAGCUUCUCAGCGGCGGAUGCUCAGGGGCGCACUCCCGCUCACCUCGCAGCAUUACGCGGCCACGCCGACUGCCUGCGGGCGUUGCACGCGCUUGGAGCGGCGGCGAGCCUCUCGGCGGAGGCUGCGAACGGGCGCACUCCCGCUCACCUCGCAGCAUUACGCGGCCACGCCGACUGCCUGCGGGCGUUGCACGCGCUUGGAGCGGCGGCGAGCCUCUCGGCGGCGGAUAAGAAUGGGUGCACUCCCGCUCACGCCGCCGCAUCAAACGGCCACGCCGACUGCUUGCGGGCGUUGCACGCGCUUGGGGCGGCGGCGAGCCUGUCGGCGUCGGCUCCGGACGGGCGCACUCCCGCUCUCGUCGCAGCAUCAGAAGGCCACGUCGAGGCGUUCGAGCAGCAGCAGGCGGAGGCGGCGGCGGCGGCGCAGGAGCAGGCGAGGCAGCAGCAGCGGCAGCAGGAGGAGGCGGCCGAGAUGGAGGCGUGGGCGAGCAGCAACCUCGGGGAGGAGGAGGCUGCGGCGGAGGAGGCGCUUACGUCGCCGGAUGCGACCGGUCUGCCAGGGGUCAUCGCCGAGCUUGAGGCGAAGCAGUCUCUCUCGUGGGGCCUCGCCGAUGUCGUGACACCGGCCGAAGUCGCCGCACGACGUGGCCACGAGAGUUGCCUUGAGUUCCUUGCGUCCAUCGGAGGCGCAGACCGCUUCUGGGCUAACCUCGUCGAGUCGCCCGAGAAGAUCCCGUACUACAAGGUCGACUUGCUCUCCAAGCCCUCGCUGCUCAACCUGCCCGCCAAGCGCGCUUGGCUCCAUGAGCGCCUGGAGGCGGUGGUGGGCGACGCUGAUGCUGCGGCGCUCUCGCUCGUGGUGCACCACGACAACAUCACGGACGGCCUCUGCGCGCAGCUGGGCGUCGACGAGACCACCGGCGUCCUGCUGGAUGGGACGGUCCCGCGGCGUCUGGACGUGACGUACGAGGGCGAGGGUGCCGGCGGCGACGGGCUACGGCGCGCGUGGUUCAGCGAGGUGACCAAGGAAAUGGGGGACCGGGACUUUGGUCUCUUCUCUGCGGCCGGUGGGCAAACGCUGCAGCCCAACCCCAACUCGGCCGCGUACCAGACUGACCACCUCGCGCACUUUGCGCUGCUCGGCCGCAUCGCCGGCCUGGCCCUCUACCACCAAGAGCCGAUCGACUUUCCGUUUUCACCCGCCUUCCUCUACGUGGCAUUUGGAUACGAGAUCACCUUUGACGACCUCAAGACCUUUGCCCCCGACGUGCACUCGUCGCUGAAGAAGCUGCUCGCCAUGUCGGCCGACGAGCUCGAGGCGAUGUGCCUGAACUUCGAGGUGGACGGCGAAGAGGCGCUCGUCUACGAGGACUCGUCCAAGCGGCGGCGCGCCACUGAGCUCAAGCCGGGAGGGGCGGACGAGCCGGUCACCGUGGCCAACGUCAAGGAGUACCUGCGGCUGUAUGCGCGGCACCGGCUCCUCGGUGCCAUCGAGCUGCAGGUUCGCGCCUUCCGCGCUGGCCUGGGCGUCUUCUUCAAGGAGGAGAUACUGUCCAACCUCCGCACGUGCUGCUCGGUCGCCGAGAUCCAGCUGCUGCUCUGCGGCGCCGCCGCAAUCGACGUCGACGACUGGAAGGGCUCCACAGUCUACGAUCCGCCUGAGUACGAGCGAUCGAGCACGGUGACAUGGCUCUGGAAGGCGGUGCGCGAGAUGACUCUCGAGGAGCGCGCGCAGCUCCUCUUCUUCGCCACCGGCUCGACGCGGCCUCCCGCCACCGGCUUCGCGCACCUCAUGGGCUACAGCGGUGAGGACUUGCCAACGGAGCAGCCCUUCACGGUGACGCGUGCCGCGGCCGCCGGGCGGCUGCCAACGGCGUCAACUUGCUUCAACCGGCUCUAUCUGCCGGAGUUCGACAGCGAGGCGCAGCUGCUGAGGAUGCUACGGAUCGCGCUGACCGAGAACCAGGGCUUCUCCGAGGCGGCGGUGAUGGCGUAG